AUGUUCAAGCAGAUGGCGCAGCAGUCAAUAGACAGGCUUUGGUCGGAGGUGCAGCAUACUCAGCAGCAGAUUGGGGAGCAGCAGAAGAAGAUAGAAAAGGCCAUUGAGGACGAGAAGCCCCAGAAAUUUAUAGACAGCUACACAGAGGAGAAGGCUCGGCUAGUCGCAUAUGAGAAGGAUUUGCGCCAGGCCUGGGAGCGGAUGGCCCUGCAGACGCAGCUGAUUACCCCAGCAAGUGAGGCCCUUGCUGGCGCCCAGAUGAUGACUGGUGCAAUGACCGGCUCUCAGGAUGCGAGCAAGGAUGACACAGAGUCUGAGGAAAGCGACUACUACAAAGUUCUGCAGUCUGGGAUGCCGCCACCCAGCUCAUUUGCGAAGGUCUGGCCAGCAUUCCAGUAUCCUGUUCCUUCCCUGGACGACGAAGCAUCGUUUGAGCCGCUUUUCAACAUCCACCGUCCCCACACCGCUCAGGGACUGCCAGCAUCGUAUGCGUUGCGUGCGGCGGGUAAAUUUCUGGACCGGAUGCAGUAUGCUAAGAUUGACACAGUGACGUCAGAGGCACUCAUGGCCUUCGUUCGCGUCCUCAGCGCCUCAUACAUGAACCUAAACACCAAGGAGGCACACAAAAUCCUCCAGCCGUACCUGGGAACGGACCACAUCGGUCAGGGGCCUGAGCCGAAGGGAGAGGCAGAAAUGAUGGAGCAAUUUAGGGCUGUCAUGCUCAACUUCCUGCAGAAGAAGAUGACGAAGACCAAUCGCUUCAGCAGCCUUGAGCCCUCAAUGGCAUCCGAGGGGAAUUUCCAAACCGAUGGCACGGGCCGGCUGCGCGGCCGCUACGGCAUGUUGUCUGGAGUCUCUGCCAUGAUACUUGAGGGUAGAGACGAAUUCGGCGGCGGGGGUGGUGGCAGCCCCAUCAUGCAGCUGGGGGCGUACUACGGCAAAAUGCUCGUGCGCAGUCGGAACGAUUCUGUCGUUCUGGAGACGUUCUACCCUGUGCUCGCCCUGGAGGUCAUCGGCCAUGGUUUCAGGGUCCACAUUCUGUACUUCACAGACCGCGUCAGUUGUGAGCCGUUGACGCCCUGGCUGCACUUUGCGGACCUUCGGGUGGCCCAGCCGCAGUACAUGGAGUACCUCAUGGGCGUUCUGCAGGCCGUGGCAGAGUGCGCCGAUGACCUCUGCGAUGAGGUGAACAUGCACUUGCAGCCAAAGAAGCCCGGCCCCAAACCGAAGCACAUCCGUGCUGAGCAGCUGCAAGACGGCAUCCCGUACAUGCUUCAAAACCCUGGAAACAACAUCACCCGGCUUGUAGAGAACAAGCACGUGUACCUCAGCAUGCCCAAGGACAGCAGCAGCGAGCUGGAGCCAUUUGUGGCCAAGGUCCAGUCCACUCCAUACCCCUGGGACCUGCAUGACGAGCUGGCGGCUCUCGGCUUGGCGCCAAAGCUCCUGGACGGGGAGCGUCUGUUCCCCGGCGGCGUGGAGGUCAUACGGAUGGCCUACCUGGAUCCCGACGAUGGAUGGGAGCCCCUAGGCCGGUUCUCAGGCGAGUGGAGGGGCCUUGAGGAGCUGUGCAACGAUGCUCUGGUGCAGCUGCAUGCAUGCCUCGGGGGGCGCGCAGUGCAUGGCGACCUCAACCCCUACAAUGUGUACAUCAGAUCUGGGAAGCCCGAUGUGGACGCGGAUCAGAGUGCGUCCGCAUUGCGCCCGGUAGCUGAGCAGAUUAUGUUUGUGGACCUGAGCUGGGGCGGAAAGACGGGCGAGGUCACCUACCCCGCCUUUGUGAACACAAUUUUGAAGAGUGCCAUCAGCGACCCAGCAGGCCCGGCAGGCAAGCUCAUAGAGCAGAAACACGAUCUGGCCUACCUGAAGCGCAGCUUGGAGCGCUGCAGCCCGCUGCCCAUGCGGCGCCCCAGCGCACAUGCCAGCAGCACUAGCAGCCACAGUCGCAGGGCAGGCUUGCCUCAGCGCCGCUGCUUUUCAAGACCCUUCAGUGCUCGUGGCCGCUUUUCACAGGCCACGAAUUACAAGCUGAUGUGA